UUGUUAAUAUAUUUUAUCAACAUUUUAUCAACAUUUCUACUUGGUUAUAAUCCAGCCAAUAAAUAUUUAUGUUCGAUUGUAUGCUGAUCUGGAAUAUUCCGCCCAUAUGCUCACACCCGAUCAGAAAUACAGUGUAGACAUUGUUAAUGUUGUAAAUGACGAUUGUACCUGGAAACUGCAGAUAUUUUAAUGGAAUAUCUACAGAGGCCCAUUAUCAGCAACCAUCACUCCUGUGUUCCAAUGGCACGUUGUGUUAGCUAAUUCAAGUUUAUCAGGCUAAUUGAUCAUUAGAAAACAACUAUUUUGCAAUUGUGUUAGCACAGCUGAAAACUAUUGUGCUGAUAAAAAGUAGCAAUAAAACUGCCUUUAGACUAGUUGAGUAUCUGGAGCGUCAGCUUUUGUGGGUUUGAUUAUAGGCUCAAAAUGGCCAGAAACAAAGACCUUUCUUCUGAAACUUGUCAGUCUAUUAUUUUUCUGAGAAAUGAAGGCUAUUCCAUGCGAGAAAUUGCCAAGAAACUGAAGAUCUGGUACAACUCUGUGUACUACUUCCUUCACCGAACAGCGCAAACUGGCUCUAACCAGAAUAGAAAGAAGAGUGGGAGGCCCCGGUGCACAACUGAGCAAGAGGACAAGUACAUUAGAGUGUCUAGUUUGAGAAACAUAUGCCUCACAAGUCCUCAACUGGCAGCUUAAUUAAAUAGUACCCGCAAAACACCAGUCUCAACGUUAACAGUGAAGAGGCGACUCCGCGAUCCCGGUCUUGUUAAAUGUUGAGGGGCGGUAGGUAGCAUAGUAGUUAGAGCGUUGGGCCAGUAACUGAAAGGUUGCUAGCUCGAAUCCCCGAGCUGACAAGGUAAAAAUCCCUAAACAAGGCAGUUAACCUAGGCCGUCAAGAAUAUAUUCUUAACUGACUUGCCUAGUUAAAAAAACAAAAAUGUCCACACUGUAUUUCUGAUCAAUUUGAUGUUAUUUUAAUGGACAUAAAAUGUGCUUUUCUUUCAAAAACAAGGAGAUUUCUAAGUGACCCUAAACUUUUGAAUGGUAGUGUACGUUAUUUGAGUGACGAGGUUAUGACGAUCAUUAUAGUCCGUAACAAAAGUGCGUCUUUAGCCGAUCAACCCAAUAGGAUUAACAGGAUCAGAUUACACAGAGCCUAUCACACAGAUUUACACAAAUAGGGAAUGUAGACAGUCCAUGAAAUAACUGUCUGGAACAUGAUAUAUAGAAAAAGGUUUGACAUGUCGGUCUGAACUAGCAGACUGGUACAGUAGCCUCUUGACAUCUAGGAUAAUGUAAAUCUCUGAUGACACCAUGUUUCCUAGUGCACUACUUUUUGCCAGAGUCAUAUGUGCUAUUUGAGAAGAAGUCUAUAAAUUGCAUUGGUCUUCGUCAGCCUCCUGUAACACUCUCUCCUUAGCAAACUUGAUUAAGACACACUUGUGAUGAUGAAAUCAUCAGAGGAUAACCCUCGAGUAUACAGUAUAUGUCCUAGAUGUUCAUGAAUUAUUGUGUGUGUGUGUCCUAAAUCUGCCUAUGCUGACACCAUGCUGAGUUCCAUGCACGUCCCUAAUCCUAAGAGGGAAGCUCUUAAAAGGGUCUGUGCCCGCCUCGGGGGGGGCAAAGCACACCACUUCUCAUCACCAGGAUCCAUUUCCUCCAUCUAUCUAUCCAACCUUCCAGCUAGAAAUAGCUCCUCUUGUAGAAGGCAUAGUGCUUUCUCUUUCCUCUCUCCAAAUACCAGAGAGGAUAGAGAAAGACACAAACUCCUGUAGAGACACAUAGACAAACAGAAACACACACACACACACACACACACCCCAACAGCCGUCACCAUGAACGGCACUGAGGGCCCAAACUUCUACGUGCCCAUGUCAAACAAGACAGGGGUGGUGAGGAGCCCCUUUGAGCACCCUCAGUACUACCUAGCUCCACCCUGGAAGUACUCGCUCCUCGCUGCCUACAUGAUCUUUCUCAUCAUCACAGCCUUCCCCGUCAACUUCCUUACGCUCUAUGUCACGGUGCAGCACAAGAAGCUACGGACCCCCUUGAACUACAUCCUGUUGAAUCUGGCUGUGGCUGACCUCUUCAUGGUGGUGGGAGGCUUCACUGUGACUCUGGCAACAGCCCUACAGGGAUACUUCUUCCUGGGGGUCACCGGCUGUAACGUUGAAGGAUUCUUUGCCACUAUGGGAGGGGAGAUCGCCCUUUGGUCUCUGGUGGUAUUGGCCAUCGAGCGCUAUAUCGUGGUGUGUAAACCAAUGACCAACUUCCGCUUCAAUGAGAGGCACGCCAUUGUGGGCGUGGCCUUCACCUGGAUCAUGUCUCUCACCUGUGCUCUACCUCCAUUGUGUGGCUGGUCCAGGUACAUCCCAGAGGGCAUGCAGUGUUCCUGUGGGAUUGACUACUACACCCCGACACCUGAGCUGGGAAACACCUCCUUUGUCAUCUACAUGUUCACCCUCCACUUCUCCAUCCCUCUGGUCAUCAUCGGCUUCUGCUACGGCCGUCUGCUCUGCACCGUCCGCGCGGCGGCAGCCCUGCAGCAGGAGUCAGAGACCACUCAGAGGGCAGAGAAGGAAGUGACCCGUAUGGUGAUCGUCAUGGUCAUCUCGUAUCUGGUGUGCUGGAUGCCCUAUGCCACUGUGGCCUGGUACAUCUUUGCCAAUCAGGGCACCAACUUUGGCCCUGUCAUGAUGACCAUCCCAGCCUUCUUUGCCAAGAGUGCUGCCCUCUACAACCCAAUAAUCUACAUUCUACUCAACAGACAGUUCAGGAACUGCAUGUUGACCAUAGUGUGUUGCGGGAAGAACCCAUUAGGUGAGGAGGAGACCUCCACCGCCUCCUCCAAAACACAGGCCUCCUCCAUCUCUGCCAGCCAGGUGGCUCCUGCCUGACCUACGACCCAUAAAGCCUGACUCCUUACCUGUCCCAGCCCAUCUGUGGACCCACCGCCAAGCAGCAGCCCCCGAUAGGCCAAUUUUCUCGAUUUACCUCUAUCUGCACUGCAUGGGUGUGCCUGUUGUACCUGUACAUAUAUCCCUCAAUGUGACCAAAGCAUAACAAACCAAGAAACAGUGCUUAGUUGGCUUCAUCAAUCGUUUACUGGAGUUGGUAGAAGUUGCCUCAAACCACUGAUAAAGAGUCAGAUUAUUUUACUCCCCUUUUAAAGGUUAUGGUUAGGAAUAGGGGUUGCAUUGUCUGAUACCAGGUCUGUGGGUUAGUGCAUCUUGACUUCUACCUCAAGCACUUUAAGCAGCACCUCUGGGUGUCAUUUUGGUGGCUGUCCAACUAAACACGUUCCAUGGGCUCCCCUUCCAUUAAAACACAUACAAUCAUUUAGUGUUGUGAAACCUUCAAAUGCCACAAUACAAAAAAACCUAUGGCAACUUUUGUUUACAUAAUUGUUCAUCUUAUGCCCCUUAAAUACGCUUUAAAGUAUCCAUUAAAAAAAUUAAUACUUAGGGUAAAAUACAUUUUAAAUUGGUUUAGAUUGUGCCUACCAUAAAGCAUUGAGGAGACCUCUCCCCUGGUUUCUGUGUCUUUCCCAUGAUGAGGCUGAACGGGUUAGUUCUUAACACUUGGCUCGGAAAAGGUCCUGAAUGUAAACAAAUGGACCUGCAUAGAACCUCUGCAGAAAGAUGACACCUCCUGAGAGUGUGUGUGUUAGUGUGCGUGUGUGUAUGCGUGUAUGUUUAAAAGCUCUGGAGACAGGACUAGUGUUAAUAAUGUAAAGAUUAGGAUGUUGUACGUGACGUGGAAAUAAAGUUGUUAAAUGUCCUGGAAUAAAAAUGAUGAUAAAAAU